ACGUAUAUCCGGUUUAGUUCACCAGCAUAAAGAGCAGGGACGUGCCCGACAAGUUGAACGCCCUGUUGUUGCCUAAAAAUCAAGCAGUUCUGCAAACAAUUGUCAACAACAUGGCAGAGAGUGACUGGGAUACCGUAACUGUUUUGAGGAAGAAGGGAUCGGCUGCACAGUCAAAGUCUAAGCAGGCUAUACUUACUGCUCAGAGGAAAGGAGAAGCCGUCGAAACAUCGAAGAAAUGGGCUGCUGGACAAAACAAACAGCAUGUUGUGACCAAGAACACAGCCAAGCUGGACAGAGAGACAGAGGAGCUCAGCCAUCAGAGAGUGCCUCUGGAAGUAGGGAAGGUGAUCCAGCUGGGCCGGCAGAAUAAGGGCCUCACCCAGAAAGAUCUGGCAACUAAAAUCAACGAGAAGCCGCAAAUCAUUGCAGAGUAUGAAUCUGGGAAGGCCAUUCCCAAUAACCAAGUCAUGGGGAAGAUUGAGCGAGCCAUUGGCCUUAAGUUGCGUGGAAAGGACACUGGUUUGCCGCUUGAUUCUGACCCUAAGAAGAAAUGAGUACAAAAUCCUCGAAAGAUCCACCAUUCACUGAAACCUUUCGGUACUUGUAUGAUCUUUACAGUUAAUCUUUAUUAAUUGCUGCAUUACUUCAUAUUUUCUCGAUUCAAUGGUGGAUCAGACACGCUCAUAUUGCCACAUACACACAAGGCUUAUUAUCUAACGUUUUAUGUCAGAUGAUGAAGACUUGGAUUAUAUAUAUAUUUUCUUUUUUUAAGCUUGCUCACUGCUUUGAAAUAAAAACGUAUUUCU